UCGGAAAGGUGACACUGGCAGCCGCAGACAGGGAGAGCCCCCACCUAGACGACGCGCGGAAAAAAAAUCAGCCACUGCCGUCGCCCGGCCUGGCCGCGCAAUUUAAUCCCCGCCAUUCCUCCACCUCCCUCCAUUUUGCCGCCGCUGCCGCUCCAGCACCAGCCUGCUCCGGCGCAGCACCUCAGCCCAGGCGCCCAUCGCUUCGCCAGUCUCAUACGGCCAUGGACCGCGGCGGCCACGCGGCGCUGCUGCUGCUGCUGCUGGCGCUGGCGGUGAUCCCCGUGACGGGCGCCGCCGGCGCGGCGUUCCUGGAGGAGGACGCGAUCCUGGGCGCCGUGGAGCGCGCGAUGAUGCGCGGCGGCGGGGGGAAGGGCGCCGCGACCGCGAACGCGAGCGGGAGGCACCAGCACCGGCGCCAGCGCUACGGCGUGGGGGCGCCGUGGAGGGAGGAGAUCGCGGGGCUGGCGGGGCGGCCCGAGCUGGCGGCGUGGCUGCGCUCGGUGCGGCGCCGGAUCCACGAGCGCCCCGAGCUGGCGUACGAGGAGGUGGAGACCAGCCGCCUGGUCCGCGACGAGCUGGGCGCGCUGGGCGUCGGGUUCCGCCACCCCGUCGCGCGCACCGGCGUCGUCGCCACGCUCGGCACCGGCCGCCCGCCCGUCGUCGCGCUCCGGGCCGACAUGGACGCGCUGCCCAUCCAGGAGGCCGUGGAGUGGGAGCACAGGAGCCGGGUCCCCGGGAAGAUGCACGCGUGCGGCCACGACGCGCAUGUGGCCAUGCUGCUCGGCGCCGCCAGCAUCCUCAAGGCUCGCGAGCACCAACUCAAGGGCACGGUGAAGCUUCUGUUCCAGCCGGCGGAGGAGUCGGGCUGCGGCGCGAAGCGGAUGAUCGAGGACGGCGCGCUGGAGGGCGUGGAGGCCAUCUUCGCCGUGCACGUGUCGCACCAGCACCCGACGUCCGUGGUCGGGUCCAGGACGGGGGCCCUCCUCGCCGGCUGCGGCUUCUUCAAGGCCGUGAUACGCGGCGGCGGCGGCGGCGGCGACCGGGCGUCCGACCCCGUCGUCCUGGCCGCCGCCUCCACCGUCAUCAGCCUGCAGGGCAUCGUCUCCCGCGAGGCGGACCCGCUGGACUCGCAGGUGGUGUCGGUGGCGGUGGUGAACGGCGGCAGCGAGCAGGCCCAGCCUCAGGAGCAGGAGCUGGUGCUGGGCGGCACGUUCCGCGCCUUCUCCAACGCCAGCUUCUACCAGCUGCGGCGGCGGAUCGAGGAGGUGGUCACGGCGCAGGCGCGCGUGCACGGGUGCGCCGCGUCCGUCGACUUCUUCGAGGGCCAGAGCUUCUACCCGCCAACGGUGAACGACGCGCGCAUGUACGCCCACGUGCGGCGCGUGGCGACCGACCUCCUGGGCGCGCAGGCGUACCGCGACGUGCCGCCCAUGAUGGGCGCCGAGGACUUCUCCUUCUACUCGCAGGCCGUGCCCGCCGGGUUCUACUACAUCGGGGUGCGCAACGAGACGCUGGGAUCCGUGCACACGGGCCACUCCCCCUACUUCAUGAUCGACGAGGACGUGCUCCCCACCGGCGCAGCCGUGCACGCCGCCAUCGCCGAGAGGUUCCUCGCCGAACACGACUCCAUCAUGGGCGUGGCCGCCUCCGACGACCAGGACCCCUAGGCCGAGCGCGGUGGGAACCGCGUGGGGAGUUUGGCCCCGUCGCUCGGUCGGCACGGCAGGGAUGGUGGCGGAAUGCGGGCUCGGGCUGCUUUUUAGAUUUUGUGGCCGAUGGGCUCUUGGUGGGCCGACCUGUCCGCGGGCUGACGUGCCCACGGUUCAGGUUUUUUUUCCCUCCGUGUUCCGUUUGGGCGAGCAAGGAAAGGAACCAUGCUGUGCUGGUGCAGUGAUGCUGAUGCAAAUAGUAGGCUGCUCUACGUAUGUGUUUUUGUCCCUUUUUGGGAUGUCCUGAAAACUCAUGAUGUAUAGCACGGUAGCUCCUGCCUACUUGGUAGCAGGACCUCUCUGGCUGCCACGCAUGUUUAUGCACUUUCCUCUUUAUUAUUAUAUCAAUCUAUUAUUACACGGA